AUGACCAAGUGGGAUUUACCCCAGGAAUAUAAGGAGGCUGCCACAUUUGACCGGGAACACCCCAAUGCUCCAGCUCCUGCCUUCUGCCCUGGUCACAGUCUGUCCUACCGGGAUCGAGUGCCUUUAUCGCCUGGCUUUUACAUCGCGCCCAAAAUGCAGUAUCCCAUCCAGCAGGCCAGGUACUCCCAGCUGGGGAUGCUUCCCUUGGCGAGCUGGAGGGACUCGCCAAAGAAGCCCGUGCUGUCUGCUCGUAAUUACAUGAUGUUCGGUCACUCGAGAACCAUCAAGAUUUCUCCACCGGGGCGCAAAUUUACCCUCCUGCGUUCACCACCUGAGCAGGUGGUCAAGCUGCACACUGCUCCCUGCUUCUGGAGAGGCCAAGUGCUGGGUGAAGACCACCGGCCCAGCUCAUCAGGCUCACUGAUGUCUGGGAAGGAGACACAGUGUGAAAAAUGUUCAGACAUCCCAUCAAGGAGCUCCCCUUCCCUGGUAUCUACCAGCAGUAGACUCCCCUGCCACUUUUUCUGCCGCUGCCGGGGCUGA